AUGUCGAAGACGACGGACACCGCCAACGGGUCCUUGUCCGAGAAGAAGAAUCCCUCAGCAGUGGAGACUUCGUCCUUUGAGGAGAAGGGAACCACCCGACACAUCGACAAAGUCGAGAUCGACGUUCAUGCCCUUAAUGUCAAGCUCGCCAAUCCUCUAGCGGGUAUUCCUCAUGACGAGCUCGUAGCCGAUGCCGAACGGUUCGCCAUCGAGCACAACAUGGCCCACCUCGUUGAUGAGUUCCGUAAGGGCGCUCUCGUCGCGCAAGAUCCCACGGCUUUUGAGACUCUCGACCAACUCUCCGAGGAGGAUAAGAACGUCUUCCGAAGGGAGCUUACUAACCGGUGGGACCAACCGAAGACGCUAUACUACCUUGUCGUUCUUUGCUCUGUCGCAGCUUGCGUGCAAGGAAUGGACGAAGCUGUUAUCAACGGAGCAAACCUCUUCUUCGCUGAUCAGUUCGGGAUCGGGACCAACUCACCAGGAGAUCCAGGGCGCAACCAGUGGUUACUGGGUCUCGUCAAUUCAGCUCCAUAUUUGUGUUGUGCCUUUGUCGGAUGUUGGCUCACAGACCCAUUGAACCGCUACUUCGGCCGUCGUGGAACCAUUUUUAUCACCGCAACCUUCUCCUUCCUCACCUGUAUUUGGCAAGGUGUCACCAACUCAUGGGAACAUCUCUUCGUCGCACGGUUCUUCCUUGGACUCGGUAUUGGUCCCAAGUCCGCUACUGUACCCGUUUACGCUGCCGAAUGCGCUCCCCCGGCUAUCCGUGGAGGUCUGGUCAUGAUGUGGCAGAUGUGGACUGCGUUCGGAAUCAUGCUGGGAUAUGUUGCCGACCUGGCGUUCUUUAAGGUCCCCGACAAGCCCCAUAUUACCGGCUUGAACUGGAGAUUGAUGUUGGCCUCUGCUGGCAUCCCCGCAUUGGUUCUUCUAGUCCAGGUCUUCUUCUGUCCUGAGAGUCCUCGAUGGCUCAUGCUCAAGGGUCGCUACAGCGAAGCCUUCGACUCCCUCGCUCGUCUUCGUCAUCACAAUAUUCAGGCCGCUCGUGAUUUGUACUAUAUCCACGUUCAACUUGAGGCGGAGAAGGAGGCCGACCAAGGACGCAACCGUUUCCUCGAGCUGUUCACCAUUCCUCGCAAUCGUCGUGCUACCUUGGCGUCCUGCACCUUGAUGUUUUUACAGCAGGCACGUAUAGGAUCCCUAUUUUGUGGCGUUAACGCCAUUGCUUAUUACUCCUCGAGUAUAUUCACUCAGUCUGGCUUCAACAACAUCCAAGCCCUUCUUGCCUCCUGGGGCUUCGGAGCUCUCAACUUUGUCAUGGCCUUCCCUGCAGUCUGGACAAUCGAUACCUUCGGUCGGAGGAACCUUUUACUUACGACAUUCCCACUCAUGGCUAUCUUCCUCCUCCUUGCCGGAUUUGCCUUGUAUGUUCACUUCAUUGAAGACCUUCAUGCGCGCGUAGGUGUCGUUGCCCUUGGGAUUUAUCUCUUCACCUGCGCGUAUAGUCCAGGCGAAGGACCGGUACCGUUCACUUACUCCGCAGAGGCGUACCCUCUGUAUGUUCGUGAUAUUGGGAUGUCACUCUCGACGGCGGUCCUAUGGUUCUUUAACUUCAUCAUCGCGAUCACAACCCCUCGGCUUAUCGGGGCCUUCAAACCACAAGGAGCCUUCGGUUGGUACGCGGGCUGGAAUGUCGUUGGAUUUUUUGCUAUCCUUCUUGUCGUACCCGAGACAAAGGAGCUAUCACUUGAAGAACUUGACCAAGUCUUUGCCGUUCCCACACACAUACACGCCGCUUAUCAGGUCAAAGCUCUGCCACACAACAUCAAGAAGCAUAUCUUCCGGAUGAACGUCGAGCCUAUGCCUCCGCUGUACGAGCAUGAGGAGGGGAUGCAGAAGACAUAUGCACCUGGAGGUGUCGGUGCUGCUUAG